AGCAAUGUAUGUGGAUAAGGGUCGUAUAAGCAGCAACCCCGGAACUCACAGCUUUCCUGUUUAGUACCAACAAUGAAGAAAGUAGUCACAGACAUUCACAUUUGCGAUUCCAGUUCAUCAUUUAUUACUCUUAAACAAAUAACCCACACUAAUUAGAUUCUCUCGUUUCUCUUUCUCAUUGCAGACAGUUCCUCAACCAACACAACGGAGAAUCCUUCCUCGCCUACAUCACUAAGCCCAAACCAUAUUGGGAACAACAGCAGCAGCAACACUCACGGCAACGGUGGCAACAAUGGUCAUAGCAAUGGCAAUAAAUCGCCAUCGCCGCAUGGUUACAGUCAUAGCCAACAACAACAUUCACAUCUGAUACAUCCGCAUCAACCUUCAACGCCGACUAGUAGUGGCGGCGGUAGCAAUGGACAUCCGCUGCUCAGCCACCACAGCUCGCAUUCGAAUUCCAGUUAUUUACUGCCCAGCAGUUCCAACGAGUCCGACGAUGAUGGCGAAGAGAUUAUUGAAGAAGACGAUGGCAAUGAUGGACCCUCAGAUGGCUCUUCGCCACAAGGUGGCGAUGGAAAUCAAACGAAGCGCAAGAAAAAGACUCGCACAGUGUUUUCGCGAGCACAGGUCUUUCAGUUGGAGUCCACAUUCGAUCUGAAACGCUACCUCAGCUCUUCGGAGCGUGCUGGUUUAGCUGCCUCGCUACGUCUCACUGAGACACAAGUGAAAAUUUGGUUUCAAAAUCGGCGCAACAAAUGGAAACGUCAGCUAGCGGCCGAAUUGGAGGCAGCCAACAUGGCGAAUAUGGCGCAUGCCGCACAACGUUUGGUGCGCGUUCCAGUGCUCUAUCAUGACGGCUCUGGUGCGGGAUUCGUUCCUCCCCCACCACCGCAUCACCAUCCCAUGCAGUAUUAUGCAGCGGCAGCAGCACGCAAUACAAGCCCACCACGGCCACCCCUCUCGUCGCUCGUAUAGGGCGUGGGGUGCCUGGCGGCCGCGGUGGUACCCAACUGCGGCGGUCCAAUCUCAUUGCGAAAGCCGCCAUACACCAUUCAUGCACCAACAUCGCCAACUCCGACAUCAGUACACGAUAUGGAUGACUCAGAUACAGAGGAGGAAGCCGCAAUCGAUGUGGAAGCCGACGAGGAUGAGGAGGAGCUGCGUGUAACGCAAGCGCAGUUAGCACAGGGCAAUAGGGAUUCAACUAGCGGCGGCGGCAGAGACGUGUUGCGGAAAACGACACCAUUCGAGCUGUUGGCGAAAAGUGUCAAUUGCCUGGAGAUGCACAGCAGCGGUGGUGGCAAGGAGCUGAUUAUCAACAGUGCUGGUGGCGCCAGCAGUGACAACUGUGUUGAAAGAGCCACCACAGUGCACAAGGUGUACUAACAGCAUGGAGAGAAGGACGAGAGGCUUUCAACGCUUGCCGGAAGAAUCUCGAAAGUGUUGUAAAUUUUUAUUGAGCCAUAAUGUAGCAAAGAUUGAUGGGAGGGGAAGUACUGAAAAAAUUGGUUUCACAUAAAAGGAAUUUCCCUUGUUUAAGUGCAGGAAGGUAACAACAACAAAUCUUAAAAGCUAACUGAAGCGGGGUACAUUCGUCGAAGAGUGUACGUAAAAAUGUUUGAAUGUUUUCCCUUAAAUUUAAAGUGUGGUCUGCAUAAUAAGAAAGUGCUAAGUAAAAAUAGUAAUCAAUGUUCAAACGUUUCUGGUUUCCAAGUAAAAAAAACAACAAAGCAAUACAAAACGAAAUUUUGACUAAGAAACCUAUUCUACCUAUACCUGUAAAAAGUCGUUCUCUUUCGUUUUCUCCUCUUGGCUACUAAUUUUGUAAAUAAUUAAAUGUUGGCAUACGGUGUCUCUUUGCUCAACAUUUGUGCUUACAAUUAAAAACAUCUAUAAAAGAUAUACUAUGUAUAUAUAUUUAUCUAAAUACGAUUAUAAAUGUAUAUAUGUGUACUCAGAGGCUUAAAACAGUCGGGUUUGUAAAAUAUGUAUGUAGGACUCUAUAGAUAUAUAUGUUUGUUUUGUUAAAAAAAUCUUUCAUUAAAUAUUGCACAGGUAUGCGAUUAUACGUUCAUUAAGUCAUAUAAAUUAGUUAUGUACGUAUUUAUGUAGCGUCGCAUUUAUGUAUGCAAGCAGCGUAUAAAGCCAAAAAGUAGUUUAGAUAUAUAUACAUAUAAUUCUUAUAUAUAAACAUAUACAUUAAUGCCCUUUGCUCUAAUUAAUGCAAGUACUUAAUUACACUAAUAAUUAUUACAUAUACCUACACAAUUGGAAUGAUGCCCAGUUAGCGUGUACAUAGUUAAAUUAUGCCAAAAUAAAUGUUAAUAUCAUACCUAAGAGAAAGUUUAAUAAAAAAUGAAAAAAUGAAUAAUAAAUUGCUUAUUUAUGGAAAAUUAAAGUAUGCAAAU